AUGACGGUGUCUUUCAGCAUUCCAACCUCCGAUUUGGAUUACUGCCUAGAACAAUUAUUGGACCACAAACCACCCAAGAUCUUGCCCCCUGAAACCGUCCAGCAGCUAUGCCAUACCCUCAAGACACAGCUCCUUGGGGUUCCCAACAUCAUGCAUCUCCAGUCUCCGAUAUCGGUGGUGGGUGAUAUCCAUGGCCAGUACCACGAUUUGCUUGAAAUAUUCCAAAUAGGAGGAUCUCCUCCCACCACCAACUACCUCUUCUUGGGAGACUAUGUCGACCGUGGAUACUACUCAGUAGAGACCAUUUCCUUGCUUAUCACCUUGAAAUUGAGAUACCCUGAUCGCGUGUUUUUGAUCAGGGGAAAUCAUGAGUCCAGAACCAUCACUACAAACUACGGCUUUUACUCGGAAAUCUUGAAUAAAUACAAUGGCUCGGCCGACGUGUGGUCCUGGAUCACCGAUCUCUUCGACUACUUGCCCUUGGGUGCCACUAUAGAUGGUAAGAUCUUCGCUGCCCACGGGGGGUUGUCUCCCAGCUGUCAACAGCUUGACCAAAUACGUGCUAUCGACAGAUUCAAAGAAAUUCCUCACGAUGGAAUAAUGGCUGACUUGGUGUGGUCUGACCCUGACACCGAGAUAAUGGACUUCAAGCUCUCGCCCCGUGGUGCAGGCUAUCUUUUCGGAUUGGAUGUGAUAAACAAAUUUUGUCAUGAUAAUGACUUGGUGCAAAUGAUCAGAGCCCACCAGCUCUGCAACGAGGGCUUCACCAGCUACUGGAAUGGAAAGUGCCUUACUGUGUGGUCAGCUCCCAACUACUGCUAUCGAUGUGGGAACAAAGCCAGCAUUCUCGAAAUUUUACAUUCAAACUACGACAGCAAGAAUGGAAGCAAGACAUCCGAUAACAGUUUUGAUGAUCCUCCCGGUAAGUUGCGCUCUUCCAACCCUCAAGGAGUGUUACCGGGCCAAUAUUUCAAUAUUUUCGAAGCUUCUCCCGAGAACGACGAAGAUACCAUCAGCGGAAAAAGCGUUAACGGAAUUAAUACUGAUAUCAACUAUGCCGGAUCCGAUUUCUUCGGCUCCUACUUCCAAGAGCGGCCAAAGAGGCAGCAUAUCGAGUACUUUUUAUGA